GCCGCAAGGAAGUGAAAAAGUCAAGCUCGAGGUUUUGCUGCCACUGUAUUUGAAAAUGAAACUUAAAAGCUUUGCAGUUUUUGUAGCGAUUGGCUUUUCGAUUGCUUUUGUUUCUACAGUGGUUUAUUUGAUAUCAUCUGAAAGGGAUCGCAGGAAAAAGAAUGAAGAAGAUGAUUACGAUCGAGAAACUCUAAACUUCCCAUUUUUACAAGAUGCCAAAACCAUUGAGUUUAUUAUGAAUUCUAAAACCAUGUUCAUAAUGAGAGGUUUACCUGGAAGUGGAAAAUCAGAAAUAGCACGAAAUAUAAAGCAGGUGUAUGGUAAUAUGGCUGUGAUCUGCUCAGCAGAUGACUUAAGGUUGAAUGAACAAGGGGAAUAUAUUUGGAAGAUGGAGGAAUAUGAGGAAACACACUUAAAAUGUAACAAAAAAGCAAGCAGAACCUGUGAAGAUGGGAUUCCAGUGGUUGUUAUAGAUAACACCAACACUGACUCCAGGAAGCUGUCCAAAUACAUCACUAUUGCACAUAAUACUGGUUACCAUGUGGUAUUGGUGGAACCCAGAACAUGGUGGAAAUACAACAUUACUGAACUAGUACUGAGGAACCAACACAGUGUAAAUGAGGAUACUCUGAGGGAUCAAAUGUCAAAGUUUAAGCAAUUUUUUGCUGUAUAUUAUGGAUGGUUUCCAUCAGAAGAGAAAUUAAGGACUUUGAAAGACUACAUGCUGCAGAUUUUGAGAGACUGCAUAGAAAAAAUCCCUUCAUUCAGAGAUCAGCUUACCAAGGAGAAGUAUGAAGAUGCUCAAGAUUUCUCAACAACUUUGACAGAAGUUACAUGUGCUGCAUUAUCACUGUCAUGUCUAGAAAAACAGCCUUAUCGCCUCCAUAUAACUUCUUUUUUUGACCAAGGAAUAUUUGGUCAUAAAUCAAGUGACUAUGUAUCUUUGUCUGCUGUGCAAGAAGCUCUUGGAUCUGUAACAACAUUGACAGUCAUUGCAUGGACAAUCACACCAAGAGCUUUAACAGCAAGGGUCAAAUUAAGCCCAUCACAGUUAAAGUUGUGGAGAAACUUGGAUUCAGGUGCUUCAGGAGAGGAAGGACAUAACUUCAGAUUCAAAGAAGCUGCAGCCUGUGUAUCUGAUACUGAAACAUCUGCCUUUAUUCCUGUUUCAUAUGCUAACCUGGCUAUCAAACCAACAGUCGGUGUUGGAGACACAGCCCACAUCACUCUCUCCUUGCAGAGAGACACAAGGCCUAUUCAAGGGCGACAUGACAUGUGUGAGCUUGUUAGGCUGGAAAUGGCCAAUCAGGGUUACUUGGAGUAUGCAGUCACUAAGGGUCUGGCCCGUGACUAUGGUGAUGGACAUUGGGCUGUCUAUUUAAACGAACCUAUUUACAUUGAUGCACUUUUCACAGGGUUUUAUGGUUUCUGAUCUUGUCUAAGAAUCCUUUAAUGCUUUAAUUCCACUGAUUCACAACUGCGGUACCAUGUCUUGCCCUAAAUUGAACCAAAACUGAUUCCCUUUGGGUUUGCUCAACGCAAUCAUUGUAUUACCCCGGUAUCUUAAUUAACUCUAAAGAGAGAUAUGAACUCUUAAAUGCUGCAAAUUCACGGUGAUUUUUUCCUGUAGGUUAUGUUGUUUACAGAUUUACCUUUAACAAGUUGAAACUCUCUUCCAGAAUGUAAAAUAAUGCUCUUUUGAGACCAUUCGUUUUCUUUUUUAGUGGCGCGAGCGUGUAGGAAAAAUUUUACCCCUCAUUAUAUUGGUUGUAAAUUCGGUCGUUUCUUCCAAUCCUCUUACUACUCAUACUCUUGAUUACCCGCACAUCUAAUGAUUCCCUCUGACGAUCCGAGAUAAUGGGGGGUUCAUUUAUUUUUUUACCUUUUUUCGCUAACUACCAAAAAAGAAGAAGAGGAGCAACAAGAAGUGGACGUAUUUGAUACAUUAUUUUGAUACAGGGAACAGAAAUCACUUUAUUUAUUGUUAGA